CUGGGCAUUCAGGGCAUGUUGGGUCAACUCAACACAACACUGGGAACCUCACACACCCUGGACACUCCAUCGCUCUCCUCCCUUCUUGAAGAGUGCAUCGCAAAGAACUGGAACUUUGGCAUGGCAUAUAGCCGCCUCCGCCGGAUAUGGUACACCCGCAACUGGAGCACAGUACGAGACACAUUGCGCGAAUGGGAAGAGGCAGACCGGGAGAUGCGACGGAAAGCGCUCGUCGGUAACCGGAUCGUCAAACCAGAUUUGCCACCUCGACGUGUGUGGGAUCUGUGCAGCAAUCGGGUGGUGCCAUAUUGGUGCAUGGGCAUCCCUACUCGUGAGAUGGUGUGGAGGCUUAGGCCAAUAUCGCAUGCUUGGAUGGAUGAGACGCAUCGUGUCAACAUGUCGACACCCAUCAACGGAUGCGAAUGGCCUGUUCCCAUGCCGAAAGACGCCAGCCUCAACCUUGUCCGCAUUGAGAUGCUCAAUCUUCGAGCAGAAUAUGUGUGGUUGGAUGUUCUCUGUUUGAGACAGGUAGGUAGACAGCAGGAGGAUAUGCGUGUGGAAGAGUGGAAGCUGGAUGUGCCCACCAUCGGAGCAGUGUAUGAUGCGUCCUGGGAUGUGGUGAUUUACUUGAGUGGGCUGGGUCGGCCUUUGACUUUGAAGGAGGGCGACUUGGAUAGUGAUCGCUGCUGGUUUAGGCGUGCAUGGACGCUACAGGAGGUUGGCAUAAGGAGGGUGAUUGCUGGGGACACGCCGGACGGACCACUGCAUGCCAAGCGUAAGAACAGGAAGUACAAGACUGCGCUACUGACCAGGUUUCACAAGCAGCUGCGGUCUACGGAGGACAUUUCAAAUACGAAGGUGUUUGAUGUGCUGAAGGAGAUGCAGACGCGGGUGUCGACCAACCCGGUGGACAAAGUCGCGGGACUGGCAUUUCUUGUGCGGUCCCGGUCGAUACCAGCAUACUAUGAGAGCGAGUCUUUCGAGGACGCAUGGACAGCUCUUGUCAAUUUGGUGCCUGUGUGGAGUCGGGGGCGGUUGUUCCUCUCGUAUCCUGAACCGGGCAAUGCAGGCACAAAAUGGAGACCAUCGUGGGACCAGCUGAUGAUGAUGCAUCUGCCCGCAGAUACUGACCCCGGCAUCUAUGUUGAUCGGAAUGAGGAGAUGGGUGAAGACUGGUGCGAUGCGGAGUGCAUUGAAAAAGGGUUGGUGCGGGGGCUGGCUGUUGUGGAAGGGAGUGAUCGACACGGAGAGUUGAUCGUUAAAGACGCAGGUGAGACAGAACAUGCAUUCAAUGUCACAGCCACCCACGAGUACCCGAUACCUGACGACACCUACACACUGUUUUACGCUGGUGGAUGGCUAUCCCAAUAUUGCGUUAUCGGCCGAAGACUGCCAGGGAAAAGGUUUGAGAAAGUGUCAGUGUUGGAAAUUCCCGAUAGAGAUGAGUGGAGGCGGUUAGAGGAUCUGCGUAUUAUGAAAAAGUGUCGAAAUGUUCUUGUUUAAGUACACACUGUACUAGCUCUUCUUAAACCGAG